UGGGAGCUAGACAAUCGAUGGGGAGGUCAAGAACGGGGUCGUCCGUCGGCCCGGCGCGACCAAGAGACGGGUGCGAGUGCCCUGUUAUUAAAUUACUAUUGUAUUGACUCGCGGGGAAUAAAAUACUAAAAAAAAAAUGAAUGGGGAAAUGAGAUGCACCAGUUUUUACACAAAUCGGUGCGGCAUUCAUUCUUCAGACGGCGGCGAUGGAGACGACACGAUUUCUGCUGCUGAUCGCGGCCUUUGGCGUUCUUUCCGUCCACUCAAAGAAGUGCCCUCCGGGCAGCGACCCAUGUUCAGGCAAUAUGGAGUUUUUGAGGGCGGAAAUCGAAAAAGCGACUCAAGAGUACAAAACGACUCUGGAGCAAAAGGUGAACGAAAUCGCACAAAUUUUGCGACAUAUGGCCGGAGACAACCUGAUUGAAAACGCAGGCAGAGAUAUUUCCGUCGACGCUUUGAAGGGUGAGUGUUCACUGAAGGAAAUCCACACAAAACUUUCCACUUUCGAAAACGAGCUGACGUCGGCCCUGAAAGAAUUGCCAACGCGAAUUUCCAGGGUGGAUGGAAAAUUUGAGCUCACCAUGAAGAAAUUCGAGCAGGACAAAGUCAGCACUCUGAACUUUUUGGACGUCAAGUUAGGCGAGAUAAAAACCACUAUUCUGACUGAGUUGUACGCAAAACUCUCAGACAUGGCAUUGAAAAGUGAAAAACUGGACAUUGGUCGCAGUCAGCAAAUUCAAAGCUUGGAAACUAGAAUUGCGACUAAACUGGAACCCAUGGUGGUUGAGGUUGAGCGAAAGAUGAAUAAAUUUAUGGAGAAGGUGGACAAAACUGAAGAGAAAAAACAACUUGCCCGGGACAUCCAGAAACGAAGUGUUGAAGAAAUGUUUUAUUCUCUAAACACAACCAUACUGUCCGAAAUGAACGCGCACUUUGCGCGUGCUGACGAAAAGCUGACUGAGCUGGACCAACACCGCGAGAAGACGAUUGAAGAUCUGGACGAAAAAAUUACGGCUCUUGUUUCGCCGCUCGCUCGGGACGUGAGAGAAAGCUCACUGCUCAUUAGUAAGCAGAUUGAGCAGUUGAACAACGAGUCGCAAGUAAGAGGACAAGAAAUGACCAAUUUCCUAAGCAGGGCUGCCGAAUCCCUUAAAAAGGUUUUUCUUCUUCUAAAUAAAAUUGAAAUUAAACUAUUGUCAGACUGCUCUAAAGCUGGUCGUCUCACCUUGACAGCGCUUUCAACUGGGCAAUAUUAUUUUAGCACAGUUGAGACGGACUGGUACAAGGCAAAGGCAUUUUGUGACCGAUUUGGAAUGCAACUGGCAAGCAUCGAAACCGAGGAAGAACGCAAAACUUUAUUCGAGGCAGCACCCAUAAAAAAUAAUUAUUACUGGCUGUCAGGCAGUGACAUCGGUCACAUUCCAGGCCACUUCUACUGGUCGACCGGACACCGCGUGGACGACACGUGGUGGUCCAGUGGACAGCCGAACGAUUUCGGCGAGGGCAAGGAGACGUGCCUCGAGUUGCACACAAACGGCGGCCGCCUCAUCGACUACAAGUGCAGCGACGACGACUACUUCAUUUGCGAACUUGGCCCCGACUGCAAGUACUUCAACAACCUGCUGCAGCAGUAAUUGACGCCUUGAUUGAUAUUCAUUAAUUAAUUAAGCCAAGGGAAAUCUCACGCACCUUUCUUCGCCCCUU